GCUUCAUUACAGUAAUCACCAGCCAGACCCAAAGAGAGACAAAUACAGCAAGAAGCAGCAAGCAUCUUGUAACGGCUGCCUUCGCUACUUCCUAUUUUCAGCAUUCGAGAUACCAGCCUUCGCUGUGUGCGUUUUUGCUUUGAGUUCACGAACUUAUUUCGACCCCCCUCCCCACCCCACCAAGUCAACAUGAAAGUCGUCGGAUCUACCUGCGCCCUGAAGAGCAAGGUAAGCAGCGAGGACAUGGCGAGGUGCUUGUCAGAGCAGAGCCUGGCCAUCUCCAAAUGCAAGCUGCCGCUGCUGGAUGAGCACAUGAGCGUCUUCCUCGACAUGAACGGCUGCUACAGCAAACUGAAAGAGCUGGUGCCCACUCUGCCGCCCAACAAGAAGGCGAGUAAGAUGGAGAUCCUGCAGCACGUCAUCGACUACAUCUGGGACCUCCAGGUCGAGCUGGACUCCCCGGGGUUGACACGGGCACAGGGCGCGAACAACUCGCCGCUGACCCGUUCACCGCUGACCACCCUGAAUGCCGAAUUAGGCAUUACCGUUGAGAAUGGCUGCGCAGAUGACAGGAUCCUGUGCCGCUGAGUUCUCAUCAGUUGGUGACGAGAAGAGUAAACUUCUUAAAGGAAAUAAACUGAACAUGGUGUUCUCGAGCGACGGAUCAUCACUUCUUUCACCUUGACCUAAUAUGGAAGUAGAAAGCGUCCUACAUUAGAUGCGUGUAAAAGACUGUCAGCGCGAAUUGACAAAGGGGGUGUUGCCCCGUGAACACCACACCGCUAAAGAGCACACUUUCCGCCCACCGGCCAGUUAAGCUGGCACCCGGGACCUCGCUUCUGUACCCGUAGCUUGCGGCAGCAGUAGCCGCUCCUUCAGAAACUGGUGUAGUUUCCAUGAACAGAGUAUCGCAAUGACCGUCCAGUGGGUGCUUCAUAUUGACUUUUACAAGACAGACUUUUUUUUUUUUUUUUUUUUUUUUUUAAGUUUUAC